AUAUAAGAGUCAUAAUUCAGUAAACAAAAAGUGUUUCAAUAUCUCCUUCACGAGAGGUGUCAGUAAAUAUUUUCCCAAGUUCGACUUUGGGAUACCAGCGCUUUAUAUUUGUCCUGUAACUCAGGUCGCUGUCAUCCCUCCCCUCCGCAAUAUUGGGCAUAACUGCAUGACGCAUGAAGCGAGGACCCGACUCACAAAUUCCACGACAGGAGGCAACAUUGGCUGGAUAGCAAACGUCCCGGGUCUAAUAUAUACGACCACCUGGUGCGUUGUCAGACAGUUUUGAGUCCUGCGACCUAUUGCGCAGCCAGACGAUUUUGCCGCAUUCUAGUUGCCGCAUCAGCACAUACGUUGCGGCGUAGCAAAGUUCGCAAUUGGAAGGCGAAGCGCCGCGCUGUAUAACAGGGACUUACCCGUCACCUCCUUUGUUUGCAUCGGUAUCAUUCCGCCUACAGUACAGCGGCGAGAGGCUCAUAGGAGGCUCUUCUAAGACUAAUUCCAUACCCUCGGAACCCAGUCAUCCAUCCCCAAAAAUGUCCGCUCCCGAACCAACCUUCGACCUAUUCACCUCCCUCCGCUACGACCCCCUCCUCCUCACCUGCGCCGCCAACACAACCCUCAGCCCCUCCCCAUCCCCCUUCUACAUGCUCUCCCACCACCGCGACCGCAUCCUCUCCGCAGCACAGCACUUCAACUGGCCCUUAGCCAUCGCGCGGCUAUCCGGUCCCUCCGGACUAGACCAUUUCCUCGCCGCCCUCAAGGAUGCGGUAGAUACUACAUCUACCGCUCCUAGACGAGUUCGAGCAGUUGUUGAUAGAGAGGGCGGGAUUAGCGUGGAUAGUUUUGAAAUCCCGAAACGCCCACUCAGAAACCUUUUUCCCACGCGAUUACCGCCGCCGGGGACAGGGCCGCCGAGAGUUAACCCGUUGACGGGGGGCGCGUUGACUCUAGGCGAUGAUGACUCAACUGUGCAGCAGGGACCCGGAUACGGCGAGCCCUCGCGUGAGCAAGCAUGGUCCGUCAUGCUGGACCCGGUAGACACAUCCCCCUCCCCCCUCACCUCCUACAAGACCACCAGCCGAGACAUGUACAACUCCGCCCGCACACGGGUAGGUAUAGAAUCCAUGUCCGACCCGAAGGAGGUGUUGAUAUGCAGCACGAAAGAGGGGGAGAUCAUGGAGGGGAGUCUAACGACGGUGUUGUUUUGGAGGGGGGGAACGUGGGUGACGCCGCCGGUGGAGAGUGGAGGGCAGGUUGGGACGACGAGGAGGUGGGCGUUGGAGAAUGGGUUGUGUGUAGAGGAGGUGGUGAGGAGGGGGGAGGUGGUGGAUGGGGAGGAGUGUUGGGUUAGUAAUGGGGUGAGGGGGUUUAUUGCUGGGGUGAUAAAGCUGUAG